UUUGAAAUGGAUGGCACGUCCUUGAGAACUCAACUGUUCCUGUACAGCGAAUAGUGUCGUUGACGUAGUACAGGAACUAAUUUACUUAGUGCAUUUUCUUUUGACUACAAAGUGGGGAAUGCUCCGCUUGUUAAGACUGCGCAGUAUAAGCAAGGCCUUGUUCCCUGUUCCACACUAUGGGCGUUAUUUUAGUUUAUCCAAAUCUCCGGAACAACCAUCUGAAGUUUUAAAUAAACAUUUAUUAGAACGUAUAAACACUUUUGGACCUCUAACUGUGGCUGAAUACAUGAAAGAAUGUCUAUCUAACCCAUUAUAUGGUUAUUAUAAUACACAUGAUGUUUUCGGAAAGUCUGGAGAUUUUACCACUUCACCUGAAAUAUGUCAAAUUUUUGGCGAAUUAAUAGGUGUAUGGUUUCUGCAAGAAUGGAAAAGACAAAACAGCCCUAAACACCUACAACUUGUUGAACUUGGUCCUGGACGUGGUACACUUUGCGCUGAUAUACUAAGGGUUUUCUCUCAAUUCCCAGAUAUAUAUUCAGCUUUAGCAAUACACCUGGUUGAAAUAAGUCAAUCAAUGCAACAGACUCAAAAGAAAACAAUAGAAAAAGCUCUAUCACAUUUAAAUAAUAAACCUCCACCUAUAUUUUGGUAUACUGACUUACGACAAGUUCCUGAAGCAUUCUCAUUCUUUAUAGGUCAUGAAUUUUUCGAUGUACUCCCAGUUCAUUGUUUUCGGAGAUAUGAAGGGAAAUGGUACGAAAUGUUAGUUAGCUCCACAAUGAAUUCUAAUAGUCUAUGUUUUGUACGUUCAGGCACAAAAACUCCAGCAUCAGUAGCAUAUCUUCCGUUAGUUCCUAAUCUGUCGGAUCGAAACGCUGUAGAAAUUUGUCCUGAUAUGAUAUGUUUAACACAAUUACUAUGUAAACGAAUCAAUGAAACCGGUGGUGCUGCAUUGUUGGUUGAUUAUGGUCAUGAAGGUGAAAAAGGUGAUACAUUUCGUGGUUUUUAUAAACAUUCAGUUUGUGAUCCCCUUACUAAUCCUGGUCAUAUUGAUUUAACAUGUGAUGUUGAUUUUAGUAUUUUAUGUCAUGCAAUUAAAAAUUCCAAUAGUAAAGUAAAACUUCAUGGUCCUGUAACUCAAGCUUAUUUUCUCAUAAAUAUGGGUUUAUUCACCAGAUUAAAGAUUUUAUUGUCUAAAUGUGAAUCAGAUCAAGAAAAAGAUGAAUUGUAUUCAGCAUGUGAAAUGCUUAUCACCAAUGAACAAAUGGGUAGUCGAUUUAAAUUUGUUGCAAUCACACCGGAACUGGAAUCAGAUGCUGUUGGAUGUGGACAACAAUUACCUGGUUUCACACCGUUACCUGGUACACCGUAUGCACAAAUGAAUUCUGUAUGAAGAAUGUUAUUCCUGUAUAACUUGUUUAAUUUAUCAACUAACUAAAUGCAAUCUCUUUUAACUUAUAGCUUAUCACCAUUUAUUUCUCUAUACUUCAAUGAUUAGUCGUUUAAAUUAUUUGAUAUAAUAGUAGCGAUCAUAUUUUUGUAUUUGUACAGUAUCGAUUAUUGUACGUUUGAUUGUGUGUGUGUGUGCAUGCUUACUCGUAUAUUACAUCUCUAGCCUAUGAUUGCUUGACUAGGAAUACUUGGCCAUUCUUCAGCAAACAGAGAGUUGACUCACUCGUCUUCUCAAAUUCGCUUCUUUUUAUUUGUACGCUUUCAAUUCUCAUGUCUCUCUGUAUAAAUAAAUGCAUGAAACCGUAUUGGGCUUCUUAUUACCACUGUCGCACAAAUGGGGUUCGCCUAAGUAUGAU